AUGGGUGCAAUAUUUGUGGAUGAAACUGUUAAGAAAAUCAAUUUGAUUAAUGAAAGAUUGAAAGCUGCACAAGAUAGGCAACAGAAGUAUUACAAUCAGAAGCACAGAUUCGUAGAAUUUCAGGUUGGUGACUUUGUGUAUGUCAAAGUCAGUCGGAUGAAAGGUGUCAGCAGAUUUGGAAGAGUGAGCAAACUCAGUCCAAGAUAUGUUGGACCUUUUGAAAUCCUUGAAAGGAUUGGAAAGUCUACUUAUAGAUUGUUAUUAUCAGAUCAGCUGUCUUAUGUGCAUAAUGUAUUUCACAUAUCCUCUUUAAAAAAGUGGAUAUCUGACUCUGAUAAGAAGUUGUCUGCUGAUGAGGUUGAAAUUCAGGAGAAUCUGCAGUACAAAGAAGAACCUGAGCAAAUUUUGUCCUAUGAUGUGCGCAAGUUAAGAAGUAAAUAA